CAUUGAUCAAUCUCCAACAAGGCAUAGAGUUGGCCGUGCAAACCCUGCAUUGAAGUUAUUUGGGGAAAACGUGCGUCAUUUUUAAAACGUCAAUUUCUUUUUUCACUUGGACGAACAAACAGGGCAGCUGCAAUGUGGAUUCAGGUGCGCACAAUGGAUGGGAAGGAAACCCACCGGGUGGAUUCCCUUUCGAAACUCACUAAGGUGGAUGAGCUCCGUCUGAAAAUCAUGGAGCUCUUCAAGGUGGAGCCAGAGAGGCAGAGACUGUUCUAUCGCGGAAAGCAGAUGGAGGACGGCCAUACCAUAUUUGACUACAACGUGGGUCUAAAUGACAUAGUGCAGCUGCUUGUUAGGCAGAAGAUGCCCGCUGUUGAUGUCGUCAAGAGCAAGGACAAGGAGGCUGAGCUCUCCGACUCUGAUUCUGGAUGUGGCUCAACUCAAAGUGAGUCUGACAAAAGCUCAACUCAUGGUGAGGUCGAGGGUCAGAGCGCCGGCACCUCUGCCCAGACAAACGCCCUUGAGCUUAUUGAUCCUGGGUUUGGAUUUUAUAAGAUAAAUGAGCUGGUGGAUGCCAGAGACCUCAACAUGGGGGCGUGGUUUGAGGCCCAGAUCGUAAAUGUUACUAAGACAACAAAGACGCCAAAAGAGGAGGCCAGUGAGGCGGAGGAAGAGGAGAUACUUUACCAUGUGAAAUAUGAGGACUACCCAGAGAACGGGGUGAUUCAGCUGCUGUCUAAGGAUGUCCGACCGCGGGCCCGCACAGUGUACCAGUGGCACCAGCUGGAGCCAGGAAUGGUCGUCAUGGUCAACUACAACCCAGACGACCCCAAGGAGCGGGGCUAUUGGUAUGACGCAGAGAUCCAGAGGAAAAGGGAGACGCGAACUCUGCGAGAGAUCUAUGCCAAGAUAAUCCUUGGAGAUGCUGGUGACUCUCUGAAUGACUGCCGGAUCAUGUUCUUGACUGAAAUCUACAAAAUUGAGGAGCCUGGAUCUCUGCCUGACACCCCUGCUGGAACCGAGAGUCCACUGAAAAGAUCAAAUGGACCUGAGUGCAAACACUGUAAGGAUGAUCCCAAAAAGAACUGCCAGUGGUGUAACUGCCAUAUCUGUGGCAUUAAGCAGGAUCCUGACAAACAGCUGCUGUGUGAUGAGUGUGACAUGGCCUAUCACACCUACUGUCUGAACCCUCCGCUCACCUCCAUCCCAGAUGACGAGGACUGGUAUUGCCCAGGCUGUCGUAAUGAUACCAGUGAGGUUGUGAAGGCUGGAGAGAAGCUGAAGGAAAGCAAGAAGAAAGCUAAGAUGGCUUCUGCUAGCUCAUCCAGCCAGAGAGAUUGGGGCAAGGGAAUGGCCUGUGUUGGCAGAACCAAGCAGUGCACCAUCGUUCCGUCCAACCACUACGGCCCGAUCCCUGGCAUCCCUGUCGGCUCGCUGUGGAAGUUCAGAGUGCAGGUCAGUGAAUCUGGCGUCCACAGGCCGCAUGUUGCUGGGAUUCAUGGAAGGAGCAAUGAUGGGGCCUACUCUCUUGUCCUGGCUGGAGGCUAUGAGGAUGAUGUGGAUGAUGGCAAUGAGUUUACCUAUACUGGCUCUGGAGGGCGAGAUCUUUCUGGCAACAAGAGGACUGCUGAACAAUCCUGUGAUCAGACACUAACCCACAUGAAUCGGGCGCUGGCUCUCAACUGUAACAUCCCUGUCAAUGAUAAAAGUGGAGCCGAGGCCAAGAACUGGAAGGCGGGUAAACCGGUCCGAGUCGUACGCAGCUGCAAAGGUCGCAAACACAGCAAAUACUCACCUGAGGAAGGAAACAGAUAUGAUGGCAUAUACAAGGUGGUGAAGUACUGGCCUGCCAAGGGGAAGUCUGGCUUUCUGGUUUGGAGGUAUCUGCUGAAGCGGGAUGAUGACGAACCAGCACCAUGGACCAGAGAUGGCAAAGAGCGCAUCAAGAAGCUUGGUCUCACCAUGCAGUAUCCUGAUGGUUAUCAUAAGGAGAAAGAGAAUAAAAAUGAGGUGGAAGAAGAGGAGGCUGCAGCAGCGGCCACACCCAGCAAGGCAAAGAGGAAGAGAAAAUCUCAGGGCAACGAAUCUGCCAAGAAUUCACCUGCCAAGUCUCCCAAAAAGGUAAAAGUGGAAGAGUACAAGCUCACCAAGGAGCAGAAAGCCCUGAUAAAGAACGAUGAGCCAAACAAGAAACUUUGGGAUGAAGCCAUGGAGUCACUGUCACUUGGGCCGAAAUUCUUGAGCAAAGUUGAGGAAGUUUUCCUCUGCAUUUGCUGCCAAGAAGUGGUCUACCAGCCCAUCACCACAGAGUGCCAACACAAUGUCUGCAGGGAAUGCCUUCAGCGGUCCUUCAAAGCAGAGGUGUACACCUGCCCGGCCUGCAGGCAUGACCUGGGCAAAAACUACUCCAUGGCUGUCAACAAACCCUUGCAAGACAUUCUUAAUCAGUUUUUCCCAGGUUACAGCAAUGGACGAUGAUCAUUGGUUCUGCCUACUCAGCAUUUGAGGAAACACGAUGUAAACUGUAAGGGGAAUUUCUCAGUAGAGGCAAUAAAGAAUCAGUUUCUCUUAAUAUAUUUUUAAUGAUUAUAAAGCUACAAUUUUUGAGGACUUCAGUGCUACCGUUUUUCACCUUUGGAUCUGCCACGGUGUGUAGUUAACGUUUAAUUGAAAUUUCCAUUUGUAGCUGUACCUUUAUGCCGUUUUAAUACCCACAACUGAGCUUUUUUUUUUUUUUUUUUUUUUUUGUUCCAUUAACUAACGCUGUUAUCCUUGAUGUUAAAUGUAUCUUACUUUAAGCUAAAUCCUCCAUGUUUAGCACUCCUUAAGAGAUCUUCACAUAAACAUUGGUUUCACUGAGCAUGUCUUUUAAAAAUGGCUUUGAAAACCAGUCUGAUAGUGGUCAGCCAAUAUUUAGGCUUCAGUUUGUUUUCAUUGUGGAGUUUUCCAGAAUAGGAUCUGAUUGGUCUACAUUCACACCUGACCAAGAAGGGCUCUGUUAUGUGUCACAAAUAGCAUUUUAAUUUCCUGUUGUCCUCUUUUUAAAAUUGAAUUUUAUCUAGAAUUGGAAAAUGUAAUGCAGCCUAUUUUUUAAGGAUGUAUUAAUUGAAAUGCUUGACAACAAUGGAUUUAAUGCAUUCUUGUGACACUUUGUCUUGGCAUGAUCAUAUGAUUUAAAUUGUGCCCACAUGAGAAGUACACAGAGCCCUUCACUGAGGUCUAAGCUGCUCCACAAAAUAGAGACCUAACAUAGUUGCACAAAUUAGGAAUUGUCCCUGCCUUUAAGCAGUCUGAGAGGAAGUGUCUUGCUGGGGGGCAAUGUCAUUUAAUAUGGUUGGAUUUUUUCUAACUUGUUUAUUGGUUCCUUACAUUUUUCUAUAUUUUUGUGAAAGUUGGCUUAAAUGUCAGUGAUUUUUGAGGAAACUUUGAAAGCUUAACAGUACUAUUCUUAAAGCCAUUAUAUUUUUUGGUAUAGAUUUGGAUUACCAGUCUUUAAAUUUACACUUUUUAUAAAGUCCAAAGAAACUAAAGUGCUUAACCAAGAGUAUGAUGUAGAACUCCCAUAUAUCUAGCUCUUUAGACUUUGUCCCUAAUUGAGUCUAGAAAAUCUUUUGUACUUUUCUAAAACUAAAAUUUGUACUUUUCCCACCUUUUUAUAAUCUAUUACUGCCAUCCAUGUGGGGGGUUUCAGUCAGCUUUUGUGUCUCCUGAGCUCAUGUUAUAACUGACCAGCUUGAAACAAUAAGCAUCAAAUUAAAACUUGAAGGAAAUGCCACACACUGCCUCAGAGAUUUGAUGUUAGAUGAACUCAAUUAUCUGAAUUUGAUGUGUAUUGAUUUUCCGUUCCUCUGAAUACUUGGUGCUAAAUUUCAAUAGCAGUGUGUGAUGCCUUCUUAUGCCAACAGGUCAACUUUUGAACAUGGAGGGACAAAAUUUUGCAUUGACUGGUAAAUGUAUAUUUUCAGAAAUUGUAUAAUUUUUAGUCCAUUUUAGUUUUGAUAUGUAGUUUUAGAAUUGCUUGCACACAUUGCGUGCAAAUAUUUGUCAAUACAUUUUCAGUGUCGUUCAAUAAAAACGUUAAAAAGA